GUAGAAACGAACGAAGUGUGUCAGGUCGAUAGACCAAGGCACGUGUGUAGGAAAAGAGUAGUCAAAACAAAAAGAAAAAGGAAACCAUUUUGAGUUAAACCCGUCUGCGGACCGGGCAUAUCGUCAAUUCUAGUUCUGCACAGUCAAGUCUGGACAUGAAAGAGAUGGGACAGCACGAUUCAGAUGGUAUCGAGCAGGACCUUUUUUACGGUGCAGACGAGAAUUCGAUGGCAGAAUUGUUUUUAUGGCUAUCAGUAUGUAACAGUAUCAGAAGAAAAAUGAUGCUACUUGUUCUAUUAAGGUCGUAGUAGAAGGGUGCUACUUCUAAAGUGCAAGAAAACAUGUUGCAUCUGCAUGCCAAUAUCCAGUAGACUCCUAUUUUCUUCACUUUGAUGUAUUCCACUCAACAUCUUCUCUCCUUUCAUUUCCCGGUAGAGGAUCCGCGAUGCAGCCAAUAGUAGUGCGUGGGGGGCCCUUGGAGCCCCUAAAGCCAGUAGCGCGCACUACAGUCCGAAACCUGGUAGAUUUCGACGAAGUAAAUGCUGGCUUUGAUGGGGGACGGUUCGACGUCGAAGACUUUGCAGCGGGGGACGGUGAUGGUAUCUAUUGGGAGUUUUCUUGUACCUCUUGUGAUUCAACAUUUCUCCUUCUUCCUUGUACUAUGUAUAGACAGAGGCAUCUUUGCUUUUUUCCACGUAGCUUGCAGCCUCAACGAUGACGGUAUUGGGAGUUUUUAAAUUCUUAUGGAGUUCUUUCAUAUUUUGUUUUAUAUUAACAGGAAUUCGUUUCUCUGUCUUUUGUUUCUGUUUCGUUUGUUUCACGUCGUCUGCGUUGAGAUCUCUUUCAACCCUCUCUAUGCUCUUUGCAACCACGACAGCUUCCCGCAUCACCGCACUGGAAGAAGAGCUGAGCUUCGUAAAAUUUGAGCUGGAAAUGAAGGAAAAUGAGAAGAAAAUCCAGCUCGAGCUGCUCGAAGCGGAGCACCAGAAGACAGUCGACGGCUUGAGAAGUGAAUUGGUAAGGCUUUUGCUUGUUUGAUUCAGAAGUUUUGAAUUUAUUUCUAAGGUGGAAUUCAACUGGUACAACUACUUCUGGUCGUCUGUGUCUAAAACUCAAGCUGCUGGAACUACGAAGAUGGUUCUGUCGUGUCGACGUUUUCCACAUGGCACUCUAAAAACUAGUCGAAAAGCACACGCAUUCGAAGCAGACGCGCGACGCCGGGAAAAUGAGCAGAGGAGGACUAUAGCAGCACUAGAAAAACGAUGUGCGGACCUGCUGGCGGAGAAGAAAGUUGUAGAACUACCUUCGAAUACAUCUAGCAAAAAUGGUGCUGUAGUUGGAGGCUUUGAUUCACCACGCAGCAGCAGCUCUUCGAGUAGAGGUGCGAGUACGAUUAAGGCUAUGGUUCCUCGCACCUGAAAUAGGAUACCAAAAGAAAGAAUUCAGGAAACACGAGGUUUCCACAUGACGUGACAUCUCUAAUCUUGCGCACCAAACUUUCGACAUUCACUCCCCAGAACUCGACCAAGAUGCGGAUAUCUUAAUCGAGGAUCCGAACAGCCCAGACUUGCUGGAGGCGACAGCAAUGGCCGCUUUUUUAGAGACCGUUCAGACCGAAAUGCAGGACAUGAUGUUGUCCAACACAGCCUCGACAGCCUCGACUCCGUUCGACGAUGAAGCCGUAGUGCAGAAAACCGUGAGAGAAAGCACAAAAGCAGAUUGCACCGACCUGGGAGCCUUUUUGUUAUGAUGUAGGCCGUGUGGAAUGGGCAUCUACGAUUAAGUAGCUGUAAGCAACGAUACAGUCCUUGGUGUUGAGGUGAUAGUCCACUAGUGAUCAUGAUAUAUCUUCAUCUUGGUAGAAAUCGUUUGCAAAAUACGCAAUGAAGCAAUGCCAAAGUAUAGAUGAGUAGACAAACACACCCGCACCACCUACGCCACAAUUCUCUUCGACUCUAAGCUCAGACAAGCUCCAACGAACGUGCCACACACUUACCCUACGCUUAGACGAGGCGGAGGCUGGGUUGUUGAAUUCUGGACGCCAAAAUGCAGACCUCGAGAAGAAAGUGAAGAUGUUGACUGCGGAGAACGUAACAUUGAGGGGCUUCAAGGAGAAAAUGGAGAGUAGGGAAAUGAUGUCGACGUCGUCAAAAGGAAGCGUCUCAGCAGUGUCGUCGUCAAGUAAUCGACCGCCACCUUUGUUUACCCCACAAGCUCGAACGGCUUCCAAUUCCAGUCCCUCUGCUGCUCGAUCGUCUUCAAGCGCAGCUUCUCGUCCAUCUGCGACUACGGUAGAGCAAUUUGUGGGACCGCCAGGAGUAGGGCCUUCAGGACAUCAAGGGCAGCAAGAACUCCUCCCUUCUGCAGCUGCUAACCUGGGACAAGGAAGCAGUACAAAUUCAACUGGAGGCACUAUAAAUUCGACUGGCGGAGGUGGCCCACAAGUCUUCAGAAUAGUGUCCGCAACGCCAUCGCCGACGUCCUCUUCAGGCUCCGUUGCAUCUCCUUCGACUGCUCCAGCACAGGAUAUGAUGAGCAUGACUUUGGAUCCCAUGACUUUGGAUCCUGUAGUGCAACCGGUCGCGAACACAAGAGUUAAGGCAACGACCACUACAAGACAGGCAAGCAUGAACCACCAACACACGAGUUCAGUUAACUAGUACCUUUGAUCCUUGGCUUUCUUUCUCAACAGGACAAUAACCACCACAAGAGUUAUAAGGCAAGCAUGAUCCUCGGCUUUCUUUUGGGAAACAAAGGCCAAGGUAAUGGCACGAGGAAGGAUGCUACAUUAUACAUAGGACUUCUAAGAGAGUUAGGAGUCGCGAAUCAGCCUCCACGAUGCCACAAUCGCAACUACGUCGCGUUGCUUACGAUGCUCCAGGUCCGCGGAGUAGCGCGCCGUCUAGUGGAGUAUCCAAGGACAGCAACGGCACUGUGCAGUAUCCCAGGACAACUACGUCAUUGCAAGAACCGAUUCAAAAUUACUUUGGAAAUAGUUCGUCCUCGAGUUCGAUGAACCAGGGAGUCACUGCUGCGAGACAUUCAGCGGAUUUAUGGUCAGGACUCUUAUGCUUUUUUUUCGAAGACUGGAUAGAUUAGUUAGUGAGUAGAGGGUCUGUUCGGGUUGGCGUUUUCAUAAAUAGAGUCAUACAACCGGAUACUAGGAACAGCAUUAUCAUUCAGUAGAUUUGGAUCGAGCAGCACCUCCAGACGAAGGCCAUCACCACGACCUCUAAGUCCCAGCGCCUCCAGCACGACUAUUGUUCGGCCUAGUUACGUGCGCGCUUCUCCACCACCUCAGACGAGUAGUAGUCCUGGUGGCUUCGGAGGCCCUGCGACCCACGGGGGAAGUAAAAUGUACUCACCUCCUUCGGAUCACGUCCAUCAAUUAGAAGUUGGUAGUCGGACCAGGCCACUCCCGAGCUCAUCGUUUGUGACUACUAGUGGUGUGGCUGGUGGAUCGCGCACAACAGCAGCGUCGAGAACGACGGCGACGAUAGUUAUGAAGAGUUUCUUGUGAGGUCUAACUACAGAUGAUUCUCCACCUAUUGUUCUGGAAUCACAGUAUAGUAGAAAAACUGUAGAUCUCCAAAACACUCAUAUAUAAUAUCAUAUCUUCUUGGAGCAAAACUAGUAAAGGAGGCAAACCAAAACUAAAAUCUCUAACCGGCGUGGCCCCAGCACAUCGUCCGCAGCAACGGCUAGAGCCUCACGUGGCCCAGCCCCUAUUAUGCAGUCCAUGGCCUCUCCACCACCAAGUAAUCUGCGAACGAGCUACGGUGCAAGUCCCGGAUCCAGUGCGGGAGAUAUUCUCUCGCAGUAUCUUAUGUUGGAAAGUUUGAAUUUUGUUGAACUUUUUUCUCAAAAUACAACUAGGCCUAAUGGCCAAGAACAUUGCAAUUUACGUUAGGCUCUGACUAGGCGAAGAACAUUGCAAUUUACGUUAGGCUCUGACGAUGUUCAGUUCUCACUCGCGCAGUUCUAAGCGCAGAAACGCAAGCGGAUCGAGCAUAGAGCGGCCUUUGUAUUCGCGACAACGAGCCUCCCCGUCUGAAUCGAGCAUAUCCAAUAUGUUUUCGGGUAUAUCAAAACUUUUUCGGUCUUAAAUUGUUGACUUUCAAAUCAUCUAGAAAUUGGGAUAGGAUGUGUACUUUUGUUGUUGUUCAUCUCUUGACUAAAAAUAGUCAUUGACAAAUUGAUACAACACAUUUCGCUGCUGAGGCAAAAAAAUUGUUUUGGGAAAUUGUAUCUUUGUAAUUGUGUUGAACUUGAAAACACUGUAAUUCAUGUUACUUGUUGUACAAAAUGAUUCUCGCUGGAAUUCGCACUUACUUUUGGAGAAUUUGGACACCAUUUGGACCUCAAAGAAAUACACGGACCACAUUAUUGGGUUUGUUAACUGAUCAUGUCAGCACUAUGAAAAAACGCCAAAAGCAAAAUGCAUAUGGAAAUUGAAUUUCAACGCACAAAACCACCUCGCAAAAGAAAUGGUCAGAUGACAAUCAAUUAUGAAAAUAUACAACCGGAAUUGAGACCUCCGAC